GAGUGCUUGCUGCCAUUCGUUCCGUGUGCUCUGCUCUUGGCAUCUCUCUUCACGCUUUGCUAGCUCUCGGAAAAGCAGAGGGUGUGUGAGUGAGAGAGAUGCAGCGCAUGGGAGGCAGCGCGGUGAUAGCCGUGGUGCUGGCGCUGGCCGGCAUGGCGGCAACCUCGUCGGCGGCUGUCUACAAGGUUGGUGGCGCCUCCGGGUGGACAAUCCUCGGCAAUGUCAACUACACCGACUGGGCUGGGAAAAACACCUUCCAUGUGGGAGAUAUCAUAGAGUUCAAGUACCCGCAGGGCAUCCACAAUGUGCUGGAGGUGAAGAAGGCAGACUACAACAGCUGCACCAACUCGACGCCCAUCGCCACGCACACCUCCGGCGACGACAAGGUCACCAUCAAGAGCCCCGGCCACCGCUUCUUCAUAUGCGGCGUGCCGGGCCACUGCGCCGCCGGCCAGAAGCUCAACGUCCGCGUGCUCAAGACGCAGCGGCCGCGCUCCUCUGUCGCCCCUUCCCCGGCGCCCGCCGCGUCCGCCUCUGCGCCGGCACCAGCAGCGGCUUCCCCGCGCGCGGACGGCCAGACAGCCUCGACGCCCCCCGCCGCGUCGGGGACAACGUCGGACGGAGGGGCCACGACGAGCGCGCCCGCGCCGAACGCCAACGGCGCCGGCAUCGUCAGCGUAGGGUACCCAGCUUUCGUGGCGUUGGCCGUGGCCGUGUCCAUGACGAUGUUACAGUAA